GGUCUGUUUAAAUGUCUGAUCCAUAGCUCCCCACAGAAAGACUAACUCCCACUUUAGAUCUCUUAAGGACUAAGUCGCAUACUUUUUUGUAUAGCAUAUGUCUGUUGAUUGAGUGAUGAUCUCAUGUUUAAAUUGGUCUCCAAGAAUCUUGGGUUCUGUUCCCCAAAAGAAACGAGAGAAGAACUAAGUAGAUUGUUUUCCACAAACUUCCUCAUCCAUGACCAUGUUUGGGAGCCUUGUUGGUUUGGAAGAUGAGGUGUGGGCUGUUUGGAAACACAUCCUGAGCAAGGCAGGCCCUGCUUCAGCCACCUAGGGGCCUCUGAAGAUGAUGGCCAUGCCUCAGUCUGCUGGGGAGCUCACUAAGGAGAGAAGUUGCAGUGGUUCUAGGGACUGUUUCAAGGCCUUUUACACCCACAAGUUCAGGGCCAUGCUGGGGAAGAACCGGCUCAUCUUCCCGGGUGAGAAGGUGCUCUUGGCGUGGUCGGGAGGGCCUUCAUCCAGCUCCAUGGUCUGGCAGGUCCUUGAGGGUCUGAGUCAAGAUUCUGCCAAAAGGCUGCGUUUUGUGCCAGGGGUCAUCUUUGUUGAUGAGGGAGCAGCUUGUGGUCAGAGCCCAGAGGAUAGAGCAAAGACCCUGGCCGAGGUAAAGCUGAUCCUACAGACUGUUGGGUUCCCGUGGUACCUAGUUGCCUUAGAAGAGGUUUUUGGCCUGCCACCUGCAGUGCUGCGCUGCUCUGCCCAGGAACCAGCAGGGACCGCAGGGGCUUACAAGGCGGCUGUGGACAGUUUCCUCCAGCAGCAGCACACACCUGGGACUGAGGGCGCUGAGGACAGUCCCAGCCUGGCUCAGCAGCAGGGACAGCUAUGCCAGCCCCCCCCACAGGGCCCCAUGGGCCUCCAGAGCCCAACAGGGCCACCUGCAGCUGCCCAGACUGAGGCUUUGUCCAGACUGUUCCACUCAGUGAAGACGCUGACAGCCAAGGAGGAGCUUCUGCAGACCCUGAGGACUCACCUGAUCCUGCAUGUGGCCAGAGCCCACGGCUACUCGAAGGUGAUGACAGGGGAGAGCUGCACCCGCCUCGCCAUCAAGCUCAUGACCAACCUGGCACUGGGGAGAGGGGCCUUCCUGGCCUGGGACACGGGCUUCUCUGAUGAGCGGCAUGGGGACGUGGUGGUGGUGCGGCCCAUGCGGGACCACACCCUGAAGGAGGUCGCCUUCUACAACCACCUAUUUGCCGUCCCUUCUGUCUUCACGCCAGCCAUCGACACCAAGGCCCCCGAAAAGGCUAGCAUCCACCGGCUGAUGGAAGCCUUCCUCCUGCGGCUGCAGACCCAGUUCCCCUCCACUGUUAGCACCGUGUACAGGACAAGUGAGAAGCUGGCCAAGGCGCCCAGGGACAGCCAUGACACUGCCCACUCCGAGCCCCGCUGCCUCCUCUGCCUGUGCACACUGGAUGUUGACGGUGCUGACAGUGCCACGGCCUUUGGGGCUCAGACCUCCUCGCACCUUUCCCAGAUGCAGCCACAUACUGCCCUGGCUGAGGCAGGGAUGCACCCAGUGCCCUGCUGCCCUCCAGAGGUGGGCAGUGCCCAGGGCUGCUGCAGGGGGCCCUGUGAGAGGGGGGAUCCCCGAGUCUGUGUCCUUGAGUGGCUCUGCUAUGGCUGCCGUGUGAAUAUGAAGGACUUGCCUUCCUUGGAUUCCCUGCCACCCUACAUCCUGGCUGAGGCCCAGCUCCGCAGGCAGAGAGCCUGGGUGCUGCAGGAAGUCCAAGAGUAUCUGAUUGCGGACAGCGAUGGGGAGGCAGAGACAGCAGAGAGCUGAACCCGAGGAUGUGCAGUCAGGACAGCCACCCAGUCCCAAGGGAAGGCAAGGCCUGAGGGCCAGCCCUGUGAUUGUCUGUAUAAAUAAAACUGUUUUUAAUUAGAAAACUCUACAGUACGCAAAGGUGGGGGGCUAGGCCCAGUGUGGCCACCCAGGGCCAUCUGGGCACAGGGGUGGGACGGCAGCACCACACAGGCUGUGGGGACGCAGCGUCCUUCUGACAGCAGCAUCAGGGCUCAUGUG